AUGAUCGCCACCUACGCCACACUCCUCACAAUCACUGUGGCUCUUGUGGGCGCCAGCCCCAUGGCCCUUACUCAGGGUGAAAUCGCUCAAGACAAGCGCCAAAUGUACAAGUUUUGCGACGACGACGCGUGGAAAGUAGAGCACGGCACGAUCCUCAGCGGCACGUGCCGCGCCGACGACGGUCUUAUCCGGCCAGAGAGCAUUGAUCUCAACCAGUGUCUGGGUAAUGCGAACGGCAAACUCGUUCAUCUUCCCGGCGGCGGUUACGCCAACUCGUGCGACACCAGCCCAGGAGCUCACCAUUUCUCGAGCGGAACGACAGUGUGCACGUAUUGUACGGCCGGCGACGGCAGCUCUAGUGAGACUUGCAUCGCUAUUGACGACUUCGCAAGCGUGAACGACGGCCGGCUUACUUGCCGCGGCUAA